GUGAUAGCAAUUGUGAUGGAUCUGUUUACGGACAUGGAGAUUCUGUGUGACCUGCUGGAGGCCUCAAGCAGACGACAUGUCCCUGUGUACCUGAUCCUGGAUGAAGAGUAUUUGAAGCAUUUUGUGGAAAUGUGCAAUAAAAUGAGUCUUACUCAGGACAACUUCCCAAACAUGCGCAUAAGGUGCCUGAGUGGAGACACAUACUACAGCAAAGCAGGCAAGAAAUUUGCAGGCCAAGUCCUGGAGAAAUUCAUCCUGGUUGACUGUGACCAAGUUCUUGCUGGCACAUACAGUUUCACCUGGCUUUGCAGCCAAGUCCACACUGGCCUGGUGACACACUUCCGUGGCCAAAUCGUGGCAGAGUUCGAGAAGGAAUUUCGGUUCCUUUAUGCAGAGUCCAGAGCAGUGACCAACUUCUGUGUGCCAGACCCUGCCACCUGCCCUUCUGCUUGGAAUACCUCCAGAGUUGACAACUGCCUUUUAAAACCUCCUCAGGGCAAUGAUGCUGAGACUUUGAGCCCCUCCAGCAGCCUUUCCAACGUGAGCAUCAGGAGCAUAAAAGUGUCUCCCUUUAUGAAGAACUCCAGCUGCAGUGCACACCAGGUAAAGCAAGAUUCCAGCUCUGAUCCUGGUAAUAAGAAGGGGAAGGAAGACACAUCCCUCAAGCCCACUUGCCCUAAAGAGCAAGAACCACCAGACUCAGCAAACAAUCCUCCAAAUAACCCCCCCCCUGCCUUGUACCCCAAACCAAAUCUCCUGACAGCAAGGACAUUCCUGCAGGUGGAACCUUCCCCUGGCCUGAGCUCAAAUAAACCUGGUUAUCAGAGGGACACUAAAGCCAACAGCAGCCACUGCUCCCCACCGAAAGCAGAGCAGCCACUGCAGUCCCUCUCGGAGGGUGCCAGCAGCAAUGGGACAAGCCUGAAGCAGAGAGGACCUGUGGCCACCUCUGGGGAGCUCCCAGCUGAGAGUGACAACGUGUUUUACGGGGUGGAAAAGAGACAGAGCCCUGGACAUAGCAAAUUUGACAUGUUCUCCCCAUACAACCAGCUGAAACGGGAUAGAAAGCCUGUGGUGUCUUGCUAUGACAAGAUCCCCCAGGACAUGCUCCUGGAGAAGAACAGCACGUAUGGGGCGGAGAAGAGAAUGACUCUGGGGCACAGCAAGCUGGAUCUGAUCACCAAGUACAACAAGCUAAAAUCCAAACACAUACACAGUCGGUUUGAGCUCUGA